CGCGUCUGCGCUGAGCGGUGUGUGUGUGUGUGUGUGUUGUUGUUGUUACAUUCGCUGACACUGACACAUCUGUGAGAGAAGAGGACUAAGACUCUCCACACACGGAAGACACAACAUGGCGACAACCAUCAGCACCCAACGGGGACAGGUGUUUAUUGGGGAGCUUCCCCAGGAUUUCCUGCGCAUCACUCCUACCCAGCAGCAGCAGCAGGUCCAGCUGGAUGCCCAGGCAGCCAGACAGUUGCAGUAUGGAGGCUCAAUAGGCACCAUGGGGAGACUCAGCAUCACUGUGGUCCAGGCCAAACUGGCUAAAAACUAUGGUAUGACACGGAUGGAUCCGUACUGCAGGAUCCGACUGGGAUAUGCAGUCUACGAAACACCAACCGCUCACAACGGAGCCAAGAACCCACGCUGGAACAAGGUGAUCCAGUGCACAGUGCCACCUGGGGUGGACUCCUUCUAUCUGGAGAUCUUUGAUGAGAGAGCAUUUUCCAUGGACGACAGGAUAGCGUGGACUCAUGUCACCAUCCCUGAAGGCCUGAGGGAGGGCAACGUGGUGGACGAGUGGUUCAGCCUCAGUGGCAGGCAGGGCGACGACAAGGAGGGCAUGAUCAACCUUGUGAUGUCUUUUGCUUCGUUACCAGCAGGGAUGAUGACUCAGCCUGUUGUCCUGAUGCCCUCUGUGUAUCAGCAGGGAGUGGGAUAUGUGCCCAUCGCAGGAGUGCCUACAGUCUACAACCAGGGUAUGGUGCCCAUGGCAAUGCCAGGGGCCAUGCCAGCUGUUGGGGGCCAGGGGCCUGUUUGCAGUGAGGAGGACCUGAAGGCUCUGCAGGACAUGUUCCCCAACCUGGAUAAGGAGGUGGUUCGCACUGUGCUUGACGCACAGCAGGGAAACAAGGACGCUGCCAUUAACUCCCUGCUGCAGAUGGCUGAGGAGCUCUAACAGUAGAACACAAGCCCGCGACGGACAUCCCACACACGCAUACACGUGUACAUGCAUGCAGCCCUCACACACAAAAUAUACACACACACACACACACACACACCAUAGGCUCACACACACGCCGCAGCCAUAUCUGAAUUCCCUCCAGCUCCACCAGCUGGUCGCCACAGGGAUCUGUUUCUCCCUCUGUUGACUCCUUCUUGGCCUGACUGUACAUGAAGCCUUGGCUGUCUCUGCUAACACAGCACUCUGAGUCACUGGAUCCUCAAACCGUCACAACUGUUUUCACCUUUACUUUGAAGAAGUCUAAUUUGAAGGUGAUAUAGCAGAUUCAGUGUAUUUGGGAAAUUCUUUAGACAGGAUUGUAUCACAGUAGGGACUCAAACUAAGUAUCGAACCGGCAGUAGUGUAAAUUGAUGGGUAUUGUAAAUCCUACCAACCAAAAUCAUUUUGUGUUUGUCAUUUGUUUCAGUGGCACAAUUCCUCACUAUAUCCAUAGUAACCCAGUCUGUACUUGCCUAACUGAUUCCAUAGUUGAUUUGCACAGACUCCAUCUUAUGUUUAUGUUGAUUUUGUUGCUAAUAGUGUGUGGAUGCCUGUAAUAACCUUAAGCAAAAGGCUUCUGUUUCAUAUUUACCUGUAAAGUGUUUGGUGCAUUUAAAAUCUGAUAAAUUAUUAUGAAAGUAUUUAAUUUAAUUCUCCAUGGUGACGAGAGAAUCAAGGAUGAACAGACCUAUGGAAUUUGAGGCAAAGAGGAAAUAACCACUGAACGCCACAUCACCCUGAGUCAUCUUUUAAGGUUCAAUUGUAAAGUUUGGAUGUGACCCAUUUUCUGCCGGAUGUGAAGACUAGAUGUUAAAAACCCACUAUCCUGUGGAGUCACUUUUUUAUAGUAAGUGUAAAGAUGCUGUGUGAGCAUGAGAAGAAUGACAUCACUUUGAAGCUCAGUAGGAUUCAGAGACCUGAACUCUGAUAAUGUAGAGACCUGAAAAGAUUCUAACCAGUAAGGACUAAGAUAAUGUGACCAGACUUCCAUGAAGUGUGUCCUGAAUGUUCAUGGUCCACAGAUGCCGCACCCCACCCUCCUUUAUCAUUCCAGUAGUGCCACCCUAAUGUUAAAGCUUGUACGACUUAGGAACAACAGCAGUUUGUAACACCUCAUGCUUCAAAUGCUUAGUUUCAUCACAGUAUUUGUAUCUGUUCUUAAAGCUUUCUAUUCACACUUGUGGGUUUCAAGGUCUUGUUGAUGUGUUGUCUGCCAAAGGUUUAGUCCAUGUGACUUUUCACGUGUGGUUUCAAAACGAUCGCUGCUGAGAUUCUUAAAGGUGUCUCAGUCAUUUUAUCGUGUCUCGUCAUUCCGUUCAUUUCCAAGACACAUUUAAUUUGUAUAUUUAAAACCAUUCAUUUAAGACAUAGAAUGAGAGCAUGUAGUGCAGGUGUUUAGUCUUUAGACUGAAAUAGUUUUGAGAACAGUGUGAAGCUGGAUGAUAUCAGGUCUUCAUCUGCGGGAAUUGAAAAGCUUUCUCAGAAAUGUUAGGCUCAAGGUGUUGUUUCUUUAGGUGGAUUUACCCUCAAUUUGUUUUUAACAUGCAGAUGUUUUUUGUGUUCAUUUUUGUUCAUCAUUUGACAAGGGUUAAUAAGAAUGUCGAAACAGGUGUUCAUAUUGCAGGAAUAUAAUUUUAAUAAUUCAUCCAAGAAAUCCUCAGAGGAAGGAGGUGUACAUCAAAGUAGCCUCUUAGGCUAUAAAUAAAAAAAUUGACACAAAUGUUAAGAAGACUUCAGGUUAAGAUUGGUUAAUGUUUGUCAGG